AUGGGGGGCAGGGGCGCCGCGGGGCGGGCUGGGGAGGGCAGGAAAGGGGUCCCCCGGGGCAGCCCGUCCCCUGAGACACCUCCCAGAGCUAAAAGGCUGCUUCUCUUUUCUCUUGCAGUUACCGAGAAGGAAGUCCAGCAGUGGUACAAAGGCUUCAUCAAGGACUGCCCCAGCGGGCAGCUGGAUGCCGCAGGCUUCCAGAAAAUCUACAAGCAAUUCUUCCCAUUCGGAGAUCCCACCAAGUUUGCUACGUUUGUUUUCAACGUCUUUGACGAAAACAAGGACGGGCGGAUUGAAUUCUCCGAGUUCAUCCAGGCACUGUCGGUGACCUCGAGGGGCACCCUGGACGAGAAGCUGCGGUGGGCCUUCAAGCUCUAUGAUCUGGAUAAUGAUGGCUACAUCACCAGGAACGAGAUGCUAGACAUUGUGGACGCCAUUUACCAGAUGGUGGGGAACACCGUGGAACUCCCCGAGGAGGAGAACACCCCCGAGAAGAGGGUGGACCGGAUCUUCGCCAUGAUGGACAAGAGAGAGAGUGUGAGUGGGGGAGGGGCAGAGAGAGAGGGAGAACUCACAGAUUGCCGAGACCGUGACCUGAGCUGA